CCGCAGGAUGUACCUUGAAGCUGUUUCCAUGGCAACGCGGUCACAAGUUCCAAACAGCUCCGUACACGGUAGUUUGAUGCUCUGCUCCCAAAAUGUAUUCAGAAAAUUCAUUAGUUCUCAUGAGUGACGAUCUUCAGUCGACCAAAUCUGGUGUGAAAACUGGGUACGUAGGGAUAAAUGGUCAUAUCUCCCAGAUCCCAGGACUGUCCCCAGCCAUCUGCACUCCUCCUGAGGAGAGGGCCCGGGGGCGAAGGGCCGGAGUCCUGGAGAGUGAUACUGACUAUGUCAAACUUGCAAAACAAGGAGGACAUAAGGGACUUUUGUGGCAUGAGGAAGCAAUUACUUCUAAAGCUUGUCCAUACCAACCUCCAGACUGGUUCUGCCCUGCAUCAGCAGACAAUAGUAAACCAGGUCUAAUUAACAGUGAUGAGAAGAAACACCCUGGAGCUUUCCAACAGCUAGAGCCUCCCUUUGGAACUGACAGUAUGUCAGCCUGGGAGAGGGAUGAUGGCAACAGCAAUAGCAAAGAGAAGAAUGGUGACACUCUUUCCAACCAGAUGGAGAAAUCGCAGUCACCCAGUCAAUAUUAUCAGACCAGCAAAUUCAAGCGAAUAGAAUCUGUCCAAGUCAAAAACCCCUACUUGGACGACAUGGAGGAAGAUAUUCUCUACCACUUCAGCUUGAGCACCAAGACUCACAACCUUCCAGAAAUGUUCGGAGAUAUUAAGUUUGUGUGUGUUGGUGGCAGCGCGAAUCGAAUGAAGGCGUUCGCCCAGUUCAUCCACCAGGAGCUGAAUCUAUCUGGAAACCCAGAGGAACUCAGAGACAUCUGCGAGGGAACUGAUCGCUACUGCAUGUAUAAAGUGGGGCCAGUGCUCUCUAUCAGUCACGGCAUGGGAGUUCCUUCCAUCUCCAUCAUGUUGCAUGAGCUCAUCAAACUGCUGCACCAUGCUCAGUGCCACGAUGUGGUCCUGUUUCGCCUGGGAACAUCUGGUGGAGUCGGUCUAGCCCCAGGGACAGUGGUGGUCACGGACAAAGCGGUGGACUAUGCCUUCCGCCCCCAGUUUGAGCAGGUGGUUCUGGGCAAAGUCAUCACCAGGAGCACUGAGCUGGAUGAAGGAGUGGCCAACGAGCUUCUGCAGUGCUCCACAGAACUUCAAAACAUUCCCACAGUGAUCGGAAACACCAUGUGCACCCAUGAUUUCUAUGAAGGUCAAGGCAGACUGGACGGGGCUCUGUGCUCCUUCUCUCAUGAAGAAAAACUGGAGUAUCUGAGGAAAGCUUACGAGGCCGGAGUAAGAAAUAUUGAAAUGGAGUCAACAGUCUUUGCUGCUAUGUGCCGUGUCUGUGGCCUCAAAGCGGCUGUCAUCUGUGUUGCAUUGCUAAACCGCUUCGAGGGAGACCAGAUCACCUCCUCUCAUGAUGUUCUGGUGGAGUACCAGCAGAGACCCCAAGUGCUGGUGUCUCACUUUAUCAAGAAACGGCUGGGACUUGUUGUCUAAAUACCCCCACAUCUCUCAAAUAGAGUGUAAAUAGCUUUGACUGAUAUGUGUGUAUAUAUAGUGUAUGUACUGUACUUAACAUGUUAAUAUGUGAAUUAGACUCUUAUUUAAAAGGUUGUUUAGAUUUGUCUGAUUUCUGAUAUAAAUAUGUAAGUAUGUGUUGUAGAUUUUAAUAUUUAAUACUCUGGUACUUCUGUAAAGUUAUGUUAAUUUUCCAAAAGGAAAUGUGUUCUGUAUGUUAAUUUUAAUACUUGACUCUGCCAAGAAAGUCCAAAGUUUCAACACCUAGUGGUUUGUUUGUUCAGACUGACAUUUGAAAAAUGUACCAUUGAUUAACUUUUGGUGGUGAUCCAAGUCUUUUACUUAGACAAAAAUCAUUUGAGAUUUAACAAGACAUUUCCAAAAUCUGAGGGGGUGUUUGUAGGAUCAAGGAACCACUUCACAUUUUGAAUGAUUGGAACAAAACUCUUUUGGUCACCCACGUAAAACUUUAACAUGUCAGGAAAUUAUUCACUUCUGGUCAAGGUUUGCAAUGUGUUAGUGGCCUUUUGUUUCAAAGGUUUUUUCUCUUGUAAUUUCUCUUAUGGUGCAAGGAGACUGUUAAGAAUAUGGACUGUCUUGACAUGUUAUUUUAGUGAUAAUUGUGUUAUCGAAUGAUAACAUUUAGUAGUUUCUGCCAUACAGUUUUGUUUAUGCAAAUACAAACUUCCUGAAUGUUACAUAAGCAGACAAAAAAUAUUGAUGAAAGUGGAGAUGCAUGUAUAUUAUCAUCAGAAAUACUGUACCAUACUAUGUUUUUCUCAUGAGUGCCUGUAGAGUUGAAAACCUACAAUAAAAGUCAACAGUAGCAUUGUA